AUGGAUUGGUUUGAUCAAAAUCCACUACCAUCCAUCAAUCUCAUUACAGCAGCACCGUUAAGCGAUGUCGUUCGGGAACUACCCAUACUAUCACUACAAAAUCCUGGAGCUGAAAGUUUGCUUGAUCCAAUGUUUGUGGAUCAUACAUCGAUGAUGUUAAAUUGUCGUGAUAUUAAUUUAGCUCAAGAGCUUUGCCAAACACUUAGUCAAGUUAAUACACAAUCAUUAACAUUUCGUCAUUCGUCAGAUACUGUUACAACAUUACCGCCUCUUCUUCAAACAUGUUUACAAACUAAUCCAAAUGCAUUUAAUGGCAGUAUACCACUCCAGACAUCGGUAGCACCAGCACCACUACAGUUUCCAUCACAAUUUCAAACAACAAAUCAACUAUUUUCUUAUAAUCCAACCGGUUUUCCUUCUGCACAGCAACAAAUAAGUCCAAACACUUGUUCUUAUGCACCUAAUAUGUCAUAUCCUCAUUCAUUCGUGCCAUUGCCAGACAAUUCAUUGACAAUAAACCACAAUUUUUCACCAUCCUAUUCACAAACUGUAGGACCACAAGCAACAUCCGUUUCCUCCGUAUCAAACAAUGUUCGGUCCACCAUGCGACCCACAGCUGUUGUUCCGCCAAUUCAAAAAGAACAACAGCAAAUGUCGAAAGAACAAAGCUUUCAUACACCGUCAUCUUCAUCACUGACUUCAGUCUCAAUUUCUCCCAUCAAACAAGAGUUGAUCUGUAUCGAAAAAUCCAUAUCACCACCUCCACAGCUAUUUCCACAUGAUCAGCAUCAACUGCAGUGUAUGGUUGAAAACAAUGCGAAAUCACCUCAAACAGAUAUAGAAAUGAGUAUACAACAGCCACGAAUUAUUCUACAAAAACUAGAAAUAAAUGAAGCAUUGGGUGAAAGCAAACCUCUUCGACGCACAACGACAACAAUAGCAACAACAAAACGAACAUCCAAUCCACAACUGGAUUUACCCUCUGAUUUUACUCCUGAUUUAAUUAAAGAACUAUUACAAGAUGGAUGUUCAUUAAACGGUCUUGCUGGUUCAUCGUUAACUCGACAGCGUCGCACAACUAUCUUGCCGUCUUCAUCUCGAACAGCAUCGAACAAACGGCGAUAUAUCGAUGACGAUGGUGAAGAAGAAGAAGAUGAUGCGGAUGAACGUAGUCGAUCACCGACCGGUGACGAUGACAAUUAUCAACAACCUAAAAAACGUAUUCGUCGAAAAGAGCAAGAUAAUUCAUUAGUAACAGCAAAUGUCACUCCAACAAAACAUCAACAACCAUUACAACUAGCCAAAGAUGUUGAAAAACAACGAAUAAAAGAAGAACGGGAACGGGAAAAAGUUGAACGUUUAGAGAAAUUGGGUCGUAAAGCGAUGGAUAUUGAAGAUGAUCCGUUGGAAAAUACCGCUUUUCAACGUUUUGUCGAAUUAUUAGAUAAUUUUAUUGACGAUUACGAUCGUUACGAAGAACGUUUAGAUGAAUCAAUCAAACUUUCACAAGCAUCACAAUCGGAUACUGAAGAUGAAAACUCAAUGUUAGACGUUCUAUUACCUGAAUUGAUAUUAGAUGAAUUAUCAACAUUAUCUGAAAAAUUAAAAUUAUCAACAUAUAUGAAUCGUAUUGAAAAAACAAAAUUAAAACGUCUAUUAAAAAUAUUAUCAUUAAGAAUAAAACAGGGCAUUAAAUUACAUCCAGUAUUAAAUCAUAAUAAACAACAACAACAACAGCAAGACGAGAAAAAAGGACAGGAUGAUAAUUAUGAUGAUGAUGAAGAAGAACGAUUAUGGCGAGAUAUUAUUAUUGAACGUUUGUUAGUUAGUGCUAAUGCUAGUAAAGUAGCGUUGAAUAUAAUGACUACAUUAAAUAUGCCAAAAGAAGUAUUUAUUGAACAUGUAAUUGAAAAUUUAGCAUUAUUUAUUAAAGCACAAUUAACAAAAACAAUUUUUCCAGAAUAUGAUCCUGUUUAUAGAAGUGAUUUACAAUCCAAAGAUCCAUUAUUAGCAAAACAAAAACGUUCAAAAGUAUUUGGAUCAAGAUGUAAAAUGGUACAAAUUCUUUACAAUAAAAUAGUAUCACUACUUCAAGGAUUAAUUGAUUUAGUGCAAUUAAGUCGAUAUCCUGAUACAAUUAUUUUAACUAUAUCAUCAUUCAGUGUCAGUUGUAUAUUCGUUGAAAAUGUAAUGGAUUUGCAACAACAUUCAAUCAGUAUUCUAACACAAAUUUUUGCUCGUUAUGAUAAACAUCGUGAUUCAAUAUUAGAUGAUCUUCUAUUGUCUUUAGUACGUUUACCAACAAGUAAAAAAAGUAUCCGUAGUUAUCAUUUAAAUUCGGGUGAAUCUAUUCAAAUGUUCACAGCAUUAAUUAUGCAUUUAAUUCAUUCACCAGUAUCAAAUGUGAAAAGUUUUCAACAAAUAACCUCAUCAACGUCGACAGUUCCAGUAAAAAUAUCGACUCCAUUUCCUUUAAAACCAGUACAACAGCAAGCCGAUGAAGUGACCGAAGAAAUGCGUUUAUUAAACACGUAUACAUUAGCACAAAAUUUAGCAUUUAAAUUUCUGACAGCAUUUUUUCGUACAUGUGGUAUGAAACAAGGAGAAGAUGAUUAUCGAACAAUAUUUGAAAAUUUUUUACAUGACUUAUUAAUAACAGCCAACAAACCUGAAUGGCCAUCAUGUGAAAUUCUUUUAUCGUUAUUAAGUCGAAUAUUAAUGACAAAUUUUUCAAAUAAAACAAUAGCAAUUAAUAUUCGUUUACAAUCGUUAGAUUAUCUUGGUAGUGUAGCAGCACAAUUAAGAAAAGAUACAAUGGAUCCAAAUUAUUUAAAUUCAAAAGAUACAUUAGCCAGAUUAGAUGAAAUUGUUAAAAGGACAUUGGCAAGUAUUGAAACAGAUGAUGAAUUAGCUACGAAAGAUACAAAUGAUCCAUUACGAUUUAAUAAAGGACUUAUCAUUUAUUUAAAUGAUCUAAGUCAGAGUGAUAGUACAAGUAAUUUUGCAAAAAUGUUUUAUAUUGGACAAUGGUUGCGUGAUUUAACACUUACCACAGAAAAAUUAACUCAAUCGUUGACAAAAAGUAAAUUAAAAAAAUCUACAACAAAUGAUAAUAAAGACGAUCUCAAUAAUGAUGAUGACGAUAUUGAAAAUGAACAUGUUAAAACAAAAACGUUAUCGAUCGAAGAUGAAAUUGAAUUAAAACAAAUAGAAAAACAAGCAAUUCUAAAACUGUUAACAUUACCAUCUACCACUGGUCUAAUAUCAUUUCAAAAACAGCAUACACACCUUGAUAUUGAUUAUGAUGAUGCAUGUUUACUCAUUCGUUAUUUAACAUUAAAUCGACCAUUUUUACGAACAUUCGAUGUUUAUUUAAAACAAAUAGCAAAUAUAUUUCAAUCAGAAGCUGGUACAAAUAUUCGUAGUAAAGCUAUGAAAUGUUUAUGUACCGUUGUUGAAGCUGAUCCAACAAUAUUAUCAAGAAAUGAUAUUAAAUCUUGUGUACAAGUAGGGUUGACAGAUAAAUCGAUUAGUGUUAGAGAAGCUGCUAUAGAUUUAAUUGGAAGAUAUAUUGUUGGUAGAGAACAACUUGUAUUACAGUAUUAUGAUAUUUUAUGCGAAAGAAGUUUGGAUACAGGUGUUAGUGUACGUAAACGUGUGGUGAAAAUAUUUCGUGAUAUUUGUUUACAUCAACCAAGUUUUGUUAAAAUACCUGACAUUUGUUCUCGUUUAUUACGUCGUAUUCAAGAUGAAGAAUCGAUACGUAAAUUAGUUUUAGAAACAUUUCAAUUAUUAUGGUUUACACCAUCUCGUUUAAAAAGUGAUAUACGUACACGUGUUCAAAUUAUCAUUGAUGUUAUACUCGAUUUUAAAAAGCAAAAUUAUCAGUGGUUAGAAAAUUUGCUCAAAGAAUUUUUACAUACAAAUGUAACAACGAUGGGCAAUGAAUUAGAUCGAAAACGUAUUAAUGAACAACGUAAAGAUGUAUUAAAAUCGAUUCGUGAAAUAAUUGAUGAAUUAAUUGAAUAUGUAUUAAAAAUGGAAUCAUUAACGGUGAUGAAUGAUACUGAUCAAGGUGCAUCUGAUAAAAUGGUAUCAACAUUUAUUGCAUUGUAUGCAUUGGGUAAAGCAAAACCUGAUUACUUAAUACAGCAUGUAUCGACAAUUGUUGAAUAUUUAAAUAUAAAAUGUACAACACACAAUGAUAAUACAAUUGUGCAAUAUGUAGCAAAAAUAUUAGAAUUUACUGUACCGUUGAUUAAAUCGGCACCAGAAACAUUAAUAUUCAAAUUAGAAGAAAGUUUAACAAAAUUAUGUCUAGUCAGUGGACAAAUGGUUAUAUUCAGUAGUAUUGCUUGCCUAUGUGCUGUAAUUAAUCGAUUAUCAAAAAAUUUCAAACUUGUUAAAGAUUGUUUCAAAAAAUAUUACAGUUAUGCAGUGGAUCGUCAAACAUAUUUGAAUAAUAAUCCGGAUAUUGAAUUAACAACUCAAGAAAGUGCUCAUUUAUCUCGUUCAUUGUAUAUCUUAGGUGUUUUAUGUAAAUAUUUUGAUAUUGAAUCGUCAGACUUUGAAGAUUUUGAUUUGUUUACGAUUGAUGAUUUAUUUCAAUUGUUUAUUUAUUAUAUCAAUCAUGAUUGUAAUCAAAUCAAACAUAAAUCAUUGAUUGGUCUAGGCUACUAUUUACAACGUUAUGGACAAUAUUUACUUCAAGAUACCGUUCGUCAUUUAUAUACAACGCAUUUAAUUGAUGAAAAUCAAUUAAAAGUUAUCCGCUGUCAAAUAUUAACAAAUUUAGAAGAUUAUUUUCGUGAUUGUAUACGGCGUAUAUCAGAAGAAGAUAUUGAACAUACAAAAAAACGUCAACAAAAUGGCACAACAGACAAAGAUGAUGAUGAUUUAGAUAAUGAUCAUGAAGAAAAUGAUGAUCAGAAAAAACAGAGAAAAAAAAGUGGUAGUGGUGCUAAUGAAGAUUAUACAGAUUUAAAAGAUACAUCUGAUAUUCAUUCGGAAAUGGCUAGUUCAAUUGCUCAAUGUUAUUUACGAACAAUAUUAGAUACAUAUUUAACACCUAUAACAGAAAUUCGACAAUGUGUUCGUAAGGUUGUUAAUUGUAUAUUAGAACAAGGUCUUGUACAUCCCGUUCAAUUUAUACCAAAUUUAAUUGCAAUGACAACCGAUAAUGAUUUGACAAUACAACAAAAUGCUGAACAAAAUUUACAAGAAUUAGAUAAAACACAUCCGGGUAUUAUUCAAACAAAAGUGAUGCAAGGUUUAAAAAUGUCAUAUCAAUUACAAACAAUGCUAAUUAGUUCUGUAUCAACAACAAAUAUUAUUCGUGGUAUGACUGUUAUACCGAAUCAAUAUCAACAACAAGGACAACAACAACAGUUUUGGUCAUGCAAUCAUUUUCUAUAUUCAUUGAUACGUACGAAUCGAACAUACCGAAGAGGAUUAUUGACACAAUUGCUAAAAAUGUUCGAUGAUACAACAACAUCAUCGUUAGAAGAACAAUUAUUCGUUGCUGACAAUUUAGCCUAUUUUCCAUAUCAAGUUCAAGAUGAGCCUUUAUUUAUUGUUCAAAUAAUUGAUUUGAGUGUUAGUGUGAAUGGUGCGGGUAUAUUACAACAAUUUCGUGAUAUACUUAAACGACAAAAUACAAGUGGUGAAACUGAAGAAGAUGACGAUGAAGAUGUCUUGUUAUUGGAAAAAAUUUUAUCGUAUUCAAAUGCUGUUAUAUCAGAAUUAUAUACAUGUAUUCGUUCAUCAAAAUCUUGUUUACUAUUACUUUUAUUAAAACAAUAUUUAAAAGAUGUCUACGGUUUGAAUGAUACAAAAAUAAGCGAAUAUGAUCAAACAGAAGCACAAAAAGUAACCGAUCGUCCAUUAACAACAAGAAAAAUUCAUUUAAAAUUUCAUCCAAAAUAUAUUAUAAAUUAUAUAAAUGAACAAUUACAAACAGUUCGUGUUACAUUUUCGUUUGAUGAUAAAAAACAAUUGGUCAAAGAUUUUCAAGAUUUUAAAAGUUAUUUAUUAGCAUUUGACAGUGAAACACCUGGAAAUACCGUAGCCGAUGAUGAUGAAAGUAGUAAUAUGAGUGAUGAAAUAAAACCUACAACAAAACCGACAUCAGUAAUCUCACAAUAUCAAUCCGUUCUUCAAUCAAUAUCUUCUAAAAAGAAAACAAAAUCAAAAAAGAAGUCAAAAAAGAAAAAACGACGAUCAUCAUCCGAUGAAGACGAUGAAUCGGAUGGUGUUAACGGUGACGACUCAGUCUGA